GGAAUGGCCCAGAAUACUACAGUGCCUAAACUGAACUUCGAGUAUUGGUUAGAUAAGGCUAUUGAGUGGGGACAAGCCACCACUUUGGAAUCCCAGAAAGAUGUGUGCUAUCACUUGCCCCAACUGCAGGAGUUUCUACAACAGACUUAUGAAACUUUAAAACAUAUGAAUUCAACUGUAGCAAUCCAGCAAUUCCCUUUAAUUGGCCAGCUUCUAGGAAGACUCUGUUGGAAUCCUUUUGUUAUAGGAUAUGAUGAAAGCCAGAAGACUCUGAUGUGGUGCUUAUGUUGUCUGUACAGCAGUGAACCACAGAACCCUGUGGAACUGAAGGCCAACAGCUGGAUACGGAGUUUGCUCUGCCAUCUGCUUUCUUCUUCCAAAUGGGAAAGUAAUGAAGCUGGGACCAAUACUUUCAUUUCAGCUCUUGGCUACACAUCAGCAGAUUAUUAUUCUCAUUUGGUUAAAAAUAUGGUCUUAUCAUUAGUAACAGAACUCAGAGGAGAUCAGUUUAAUGGGCUUAACAUUCAAGGGAGAGUUCCAGCCAGUCGUGUGAGUGAGGUGUCCCUUUUCUGUCUCCCUCUGAUUACUUUGCCUGAUUUAACUCCAUUGCUGGAAACUCUCCUUCUUUACCAUGGAGGUGCAUCACGGGAAAUUCUCAGUUCAGAGUUUCUAGAGGCUGUGAAUGAGUCCUUCCUGAAAAAGAAGAUCUCCCUGUCUGAAACGGCUAUCUUCAGCCUAUGGCUUCGUCACUUACCAAGCCUUGAAAAAGCUACUUUGCAUCUUUUAGACCAAUUGGCUUCCGUUCAGAUGACUUCACUGGAAGAAGUAGCUUGUGUCGUGAAAAACUCAUUAUUGCCACAAGCAGCGAGCCAUCCUGCCAUUUUCAGAAUCGUUGAUGAAAUUUUCAAGAAUGCACUACUGGAAACUGAUGGUGCUCCAGAAGUUAUGAUGGUAAUACAGGUGUUUACACAGCUCUUCAUUCAGGCUCACCAGAACGAUCACAAGCAGCAUAAGUUUCCGCUGAAAGCCUACUUCUCUGACCAUUACCAGCCUCUUGUAAAAGCUUUACUCAGACAACCUUUCGCUAUGCAUUGCUCUCAGCACUUGAAACACAUUUCAGAAAUGCUCAAAACAUUAGUAGAAGAUGAAAGCAUUAGAUCUUCUGCUGACCUUUUUGAAAUCUGGUUUUUGAUUGCUCGUUUUGGAGAAUGGCUGGAUAUUGCAGCAGAACAGUUACUGAAAGCCUCCGUAGAACCAGAUGCCUUGCUGUGGCUGCUGGCAUUUUACUACAGUCCUCAGAAUGAAAAUCAGCAGAGGACUCAAACAAUGGUAGAAGCUCGAGAAAUCUACAAUCAACUCAUAAUCCUCUUCAAUUGUACCGUAUUCUCUGUCAAAGAUCUGCAGGCUGCUAUACACAAAAUAGAUAUAAAGCAAAGUUGUAUUCAGCAUCUUACAACACAUCUUCUUAUCAACUUUUUACUUUUUUCUUCUGGUGGACAUAUGAUUGCCCAGGAAUUUAUUUCCCAUAUUACUGGAACAAGUGAUGCAAGCAAGGAAGUUUGUAGCCUUCUCAUCCGUACUGCAUACAGAAUUAACCGUAAAGAAAAAAGAAACCAAAGGAUUGUGAAGCUGGUGAAUGAUCUUCUUCAAAAAUUAACACUGAAAAUUUAGAUUUAUCAAGCCAGUGAAUCAGGUCUUUAGACAUGAGGCAGUCUUUCAUGACCAACUUGUACUGCUAGUUAUAAAAGUAUAUAAAAAAAAUCUAUAUUACUUAAGGAUAACCCUUACCUCUCCUCACAAAUAUAUUUGAAAAUACUGCUUUUUUUUUUUUUUGAAAUGUUAACCUAUUAGAAUAUUCAAGAUGGUUGAAAACUUUGUCCUU